AUGAGGUUCUUGAAGUUCUUUGGGAUUAUGUGCCUUGAUAUCUACUACUAUAUGUCUGGUGCAGUUAAUGGAAGCCUGCACGUCAGCAUAAAUGAAACAGUAGUGUUCUCUGCGAGUGGUGAUAAAGGAGACAUACGGCAUAAAGCUAGUAUAAAUAUAUCAUCUAUUGUGGGAUUGCAUUGGGUAAGCAUUAAUGUAGGAAAAGUUGUUAGCUCGGGUAGACAAGCGACCCUUCUACCCGGGACAAGCUUUUUUUCGGAAUAAACAGGUCCUUAGGAUCGUAAGGAGUACUUUGAAUGGAUUAAGCAUAAAACGGCCAAUUUAUAACAUUAAUCCUCCGACGUAUAAGGGGGCGGGGGGUGAAUGCCACCGCCCCAUAAGGUUUUUCUCAGUUUUUUUCCUAGAGGAUAAAACAUCAGCACCUGACGUUUUUAGUAGCUGUUCGUUUAUUCCUCGCGCAGAUUUUGGGACAAGUUUAGUGAUCGUCAGUUGCUAUGAUUACGAGAUAUGACGUCAUAAGUAGCAGGUGGUCAAGCCAAUUUUGGGUGAAAAUACAUGUUUUUUCAACUUCUUUCAACAAUAAAAGUAAGUUUUGUGGCUAAAAUCAUGCAAAGUGUUUAUUUAUGUGUUAUUUUUCAUGUAAAGCACAAAGAAUUACCAUUUCUCGCGGUUUUAACCUGAUUUCCAAUUCUUGGUAAAAUCCGAGAUGGCGACCAUUGUUGGUGACGUCACAGGCCUCCAGCAGUUCCACCACCCAUAAAAUAUACUUCAUCUUGUUAAGAAGAUCAUGACAAAGACUUUCCACUAAAAGUAAAAUCGUUUCAAUAUGCUGCAACAUAUUAAAAACUCCGGGGAGGGGUUCCAUCAACCCCUUCCCCCCUUCUACCACGGUGGGGGUAUGAAUUUGCUUGUUCGUCCGAGGGUUAAGAUUCAUUUCUUCUUCUCAACUUAGAAAUAACAUGCAACUUUGAUGUAUCAAUGUGCGGUUUCCAGCCGGGCAAAGAUGGGACGCUUUACUGGACUCGGCACAGGAGCAGCAGAUCUUCCAGUAAAGGACCUUCCUAUGAUCACACCACUAGAAACAUGACAGGUGAACUCUAAACUAAUUAAAUUUUAACUAGCCAGACUUACUAUUAGCAGAGACAGUUACGGUAGUUAGAGCAUCCAGUCAUCAAAUUGUAGACAAUAAGAAUUAAACCAAAACUUUUUUUUUUUAGUUUUCAUAUCUAAAUCCAAGUUUUGCACUAUCCUGGGUUAUCUCCACCCAGCCUUCGGCCCGUUGGGCCUAGAAAAAUUAUCCUUGAGACUACCCUUAUUCUUAGGGUCAGGUUGAGCCAAACAGACCCCCCCCCCCCCCACUUAUUUGAUGAUCUGAAUCCGGUAAUAUAUAGUAACCCUAUUUGCUCCUGCUAUACAAUAUCCAGUUGCAUGUAGCACUUCCCGUGGCCCUCAACUCCAGAAAGGAGCCUUAACACUUAAGUUUUUAUUCAUUUUACCUCACUUACGUUGCACUUACGAGGUCAGAGAACUAUUUUAGCAUUUGCGCACAGACUAUGAAAAAUCUUAUUCUAGGUCUACUGAAAAACGUUUUUUAGUAAGCACUGGUUAUUUUUCUUUCCUGUAUCCGUAUCUCUUUGUAAGUUGUUACACAUUCAUUUUUUACAGUUAUCUAGUCAACAAGAACUUACAAAAUUGGACAGUCGGUCCUCAACUUAAAACUACGGUUUAGUUAUAAGUUGCUACCCUCUAUUUAUCUUUAUCUCUGUAAAGGUUAUUACAUGUACAUAGAAGCAUCCAGUCUACAUCAACCAGGUGAUGAUGCAAAAUUGUACAGUCCUCCACUGAAGUUCUUUGGGAUUAUGUGCCUUGAAUUCUAUUACUGUAUGUUUGGUGUAGCUAAUGGCAGCCUGAACGUCACCAUAAAUGAAACAGUAGUGUUCUCUGCGAGUGGUGAUAAAGAAGACAUAUGGCAUAAAGCUAGUAUAAAUAUAUCAUCUAUUGUGGGAUUGCAUUGGGUAAGCAUUUAUAAUGAGACCACGUCGAUAUCAAAACCGUCUGAAAACGGUUUUCUCUAAACGCAGUAGGAAGCCAAUGCUUUUAAGCGGCAUAAGGCAGGAAUCUUUGACAAAUUUUUAGGAAUUUUCGAGAGUCUAAAUUCCACAAAUCUUACUUUAGACGGACUUUCUGUAUUUAUCAGCAAAACAAGUAAAACUAUAAUACUUCAUCUUAUCAUUAACUAUAAAUUAAACGCAGACAAAAGGUAAGUUAUACCGUAAAAUUCCGAAAAUAAGCCCCUCCAUGUAUAAGCCCCUCCAAAUAUAAGCCCCCCCAAACUCGUAACGCAAAAAACCCUCCGUUAAAUUGCCCCUCCAAAUAUAAGCCCCCCGGGGGGCUUGUACUUGGAAAUUGCCCUCAAAUAGAAAGUAAAACAAAGCAAAACGGUAAAUUUCCUUCCAACUAUAAGGCUAGCCCAAUCGAUUUGAAACGCAAAUUUCCCUCCGUAGAUACGCCCCUCCGAAUAUAAGCCCCUCCAAAAAUAAGUCCCUCAAAAAGGGCCUUUGAAAAAUAUAAGCCCCGGGGCUUAUUUUCGGAAUUUUACGGUAUAUCACUUUAAAGUUCGUAAAUGCAAAGAAAAAUAUCACUUAGCGUUUCAAAGAGGAUGUGCUUGCUGUUUGUUUCAAUUAUUUAGUUCUUUAAACAUUCCAGUUAAUUUUUCAUUUCUGCAAUAUUAAUAUGUCUUUAAAGUCCACCAUUAAAGCGACCCUUCCAGACUGAUUACACUGUAAUACCAUGUUUUUGACAGGUAACAUUUGAAGGCGUAGUAGGAAGCAGUAUCACUGGUGCCAUAGCAAUUGAUGACUUCUUCUUCACAGGGGGGGCUUGUCCUUUUGAU